AUGCAUUCACAUUAUCUCACAAAAGAGACCGAACCAUUAAUCAGGGAGACGCAAGAUGAGUUAAGGGAUCUCAUUGAUUCACUUAUAGAUUUAAGAAAAGAUUUGUGCCGUGAAAAUGAAAUUAUCGAGGUUGCCGAUGAUGCGAUAAAUAACCGUAAGCGUCACCGAGAGGAUGAUGAUUACAUAGAACACUUAUGGAAGGACAUGAAAGGAAUCCAUGAUGCUUUCUUACCUUACCGCACUCAGACGAUUGAAAAAUGGAAUAAUAAAGUUCAAAUUGCUUCGGGAAUACCGCUUAACAAGAAAUUCAAAGCUAUUAAUCAGGGCGCCAACGUUCAGAUUGGACAAGCAUUGAAUGACCGGGAAAGGCUAAUCAAGAGGACACAAUUGAAAAGAAAUUCCGAUAAAAUAUUAGGAAAAGCGAGAAGUGAGUUGCGAGAUGACGUCGGUGAUCAAAAGAAACAUGAUGAACAUUUGGUUAACUACGAUGUAGAAAUAUUUGAUGACGCUGACUUUUAUCAACAAUUGUUACGUGAAUUAAUAGAAAGUCGGAUGGUCGAUACAGAUGAUCCAGUUGCAUCUUCCUUACGCUGGGCGGCACUAAAGCAAACGAAGCAGAAGAAGAAAAAAGUGGACACAAAAGCCAGCAAAGGCCGUCGGACGAGAUAUCAUGUACAAGAAAAGUUACAAAACUUUAUGGUCCCAAUACCUGCUGGAACAUGGCACGAUGAUAUGAUCGAUGAAUUAUAUACAUCUUUAUUGGGAAAAAAUUUCGAUAUAAAUGAUAACGAGGAAGCCCAGACUGAACAAAAUGAACACAACAACAUAGAAGCCGAAUUAGACGGACUAAAAAUUUUUGGAUAA